AUGAUUCACAAAGGUCCGUGGGGCGAGAAAGGUACUCUCAUUCCGAUCGCCGUGAAGGAGGAAGAUUCGAAGAACGAUUUGAGAAGGAAAAUUGGCGCAGCGACUGGUUUACACCCGAACGACGUGAAGUUACAGUUUGUCAGCGCGGUGCAACUUGGCGCGUCGUCCAAGUCGAUGUGCGCCAAGGCGGGCAUGUCGCACGGCAACUGCGGGGUGACCGAACGCAUCGGUUUAGUAGCGGUAGCGGCGGAGGAAGGGGUGAAGCCGCACAAGCCUCGAGCAACGCCGUGCUUGAUCGAUAACAGCGGAAAUUACGAUAUUGAUGACGCAAAGUAA